UACGAUGAUGCAUCCCGAUCUAUGACCUCCGUCGCCUGCAGCGAUGGUGCGAAUGGCCUCAUCACCAAGCACGGAUGGCAGACACAAGGCGCCGUUCCAGGCUUCCCAAACAUCGGCGGAGCAGUGGAUAUUGCCGGCUGGAACUCUGCCUCUUGCGGCCAAUGCUUCAAGGUCACCUACAUGGGCACGAGCAUCCGCAUCGUCGGAAUUGAUCAUGCCGGAGCCGGCAUCAACAUUUCAAAGGCCGCCAUGAACACCCUAACCGGCGGCAAGGCCGAACAACUUGGCCGCGUGGAAGCCACUAUUGAGCGUGUCGGCUCCGACCAAUGUGGCCUGACCGCAUCGAAGCGCACCAUCGAGUUCAACGCUUAA